AUGGAGGGGAUCGACUCGGAGAUCAUAUGUCAUUCUCUGAACAUUGACCCCUCAUAUCCCCCCAAGCGCCAGAAGCGUCGACCGAUGAACCCAGAGAGGUACGAGGCACUAAAAAAAGAGGUCGACAAAUUGAUCAACAAUGGGUUUAUCAGGGAGGCCCAUUACCCGCGAUGGGUCUCAAACCCCGUGUUGGUAGUCAAGCCUAACGGAAGUUGGAAAACAUGCGUCGAUUUCAACGACCUCAACAAAGCCUGCCCAAAGGAUGGUUUUCUACUCCCUCAGAUAGACCAAAUGGUCGACGCUACAGCAGGACAUGAAAUGCUGAAUUUUAUGGAUGCCUACUCCGGGUACAACCAGAUCCCCAUGCAUCCAGCCGACGAGGAGCACACAUCCUUCAUAACCAACAGGGACCUCUACUGUUACAAGGUAAUGCCUUUUGGCCUAAAGAAUGCAGGGGCUACCUACAAAAGGCUCGUGAACAAAAUGUUCGCUCAACAGCUCAAAAAAUCAAUGGAGGUCUAUGUCGACGAUAUGCUUGUGAAAAGUGCUAGGGCCACCCAACACGUCGACCAUUUGGGUGAAAUGUUUGGUAUACUGAGAAAAUACCACAUGAAACUGAACCCUCAAAAAUGCGCAUUUGGAGUUGGAUCAGGGAAAUUUCUUCGUUUCAUGGCGUCGAACAAUGAGGCAGAAUACGAGGCGCUAAUUGCGGAGCUGCGACUGGCCAGUCACUUGAAAAUUGAAAGGCUCAACAUCUUCAACGACUCUCAAUUGAUCGUCGGGCAAGUGAAAGAAGAAUACCAAGCGCGCGGCGAGAAAAUUGGUGCGUACUUAAGGAAGGUAAAGGAAGAACUCGUCAAGUUCAAAAACUACGAGAUGCUUCAUAUACCACGAGCCAAAAACGCCAACGCCGACACCCUGGCAAAGCUAGCAUCUUCAAAAGACUCCGACGCACUAGGGGUCAUUCCUAUUGAAGAACUGGAGCGGCCGACCAUUAAGAAAAUAAUUGAGACAUUAAUUAUCCAAACAGGCGAAAGUUGGAUGACGCCGCUCGUCCAGUACCUGAUGGAUGCAAAACUACAAAAUAAUAAAUACGAUGCCAGACGGAUCAGGUAUAGAGCCGCCAUAUACUUAUUGUACGACGGUUUACUUUAUCGACGAGGCUAUUCAACACAUUUACAGCGGUGCCUGGACAAUAACGAAGCCCAGAAGGUCCUCCAGGAAAUCCACGAAAGAUGCCAAAGAUAUGCCACAAUUCCUGGAGCACCCCCAGAAAACCUAACAUCCAUUCUCAGUCCAUGGCCCUUCGCCAAAUGUGGGGUUGACUUAAUCGGGCCAUUACACCUUGCACCCGGAGGCUUUAAGUUUGCCAUCAUCGCAGUAGACUACUAUAUAAAGUGGGCAGAGGCAAAGGCUCUGACUACAACCACGGAAGCAGCCUGCACCAAUUUCAUGUGGAACAACAUUGUGUGCAGGUUCGGGGUCCCCCACUCGAUAGUGUCCGACAAUGGGAAACAAUUCGAUAAUGCCUCAACACGAAGAUUCUGCGACAGCUUGGGCAUUCGAAAAGAUUUGUCGGCGCCGAUACAUCCAUAA